AUGGCCCCCAAACUUGACUCAUACCGUUCUUGCGGGGGGGGUAGCAAAGCUAACUCGUCGAACGCGGACAGCGUCAAGAAAAAGCUCGACGCGGUGAAGGCCAAGGAGGCCAAGGCGACGGCCAAGGUCGAGAAGCGCUGGGACGACGCGUCGAUCAAGGCGAACAAGGAGGCGGCUACGGCGGCGGCCAAUGCCGCUAAGGCCGCCAAGGUCGACAUCGAUGCCGACGCGGCCGCAGCGCCCGAUCCGGCCGAGCCCGUCCAGAUCAGCCACGCCCGAAAGUUGGGGCCUUUUCGCCGGGGCUGA